CAGCGCGGCCUGGCGCGGCGGAGCGCCCAGCACCGGCGCCCCCUGCGCGAUGGAGGCGGGGCGAGGAGGAGCUGGCCCGGCCGGAGCGCCAAGCCAGGCCGCCAGCCCGCAGGCCGGGCGGGCAUCGUGCUAGGGGACCCCCAAGCAGCCCCAGGGGAGCCGGGAACCCGUGCAGGCGCCCAAGCUGCGCUGCCUGAGGCGCAUCCACCCGGCGGUGGGCGUAGAGAUCCCGACUCCUCAGCUAGCGCGAGAGUAGCAUGGUUGGCCGUUUUUUGUCGUUGCCAUCCGUGAGCAUGCGCAGUGGUGCUUAGCGGCUUGGCCUGGCGCCCCCUGGCGGUUAACUUGGUGUGGGAGACUGAAAGCUGCAGUGUUUCUUUUGGAGCUUGUGGCCAGACUGGGAUUUCUUGCCUGGAUUGGGCUGGGAGGCGGGCAAAAGCCGGGGUAGGGGGAGCGGAGUAGCUGAGGUGUCCAGAGCCCACAGCCAGCACCAUGAAGAAGUUCUUUGCCUUCGGGAGGAAGGAGGGCAAGGGCGAGUCGUCCUCCUUUGACAGCACGUGGAAGACCCUGGUGGGCACCACGGAUGAUGAGAUUCCUCGCAAGGCCUACAUGAAGACCUGGUACAAGAUCCACCCGGCAGACCUCAAGCCGAUCCACAGGGCUGUCUGCCGUGGUGAUGUGGAGACACUGGAGCGUAUCUUUUUGGAGGAACCUCAUAUCCUGAAUGAUAAAGAUUUUAAGCGCAGGACUGCUCUACAUUUGGCCUCUGCCAAUGGCCAUGCAGAAGUGGUAAGACUCCUGGUAAACAGAAAGUGCCAACUCAACAGGCAUGACAACAAAAAGAGGACAGCUCUGAUAAAGGCCGUCCAAUGCCAGGAGGAGGAAUGUGUGACUGUUCUGCUGAAAGGUGGUGCCGAUCCAAACUUUCAAGAUCUCUAUGGCAACACUGCUCUUCACUAUGCCACCUAUCACCAGGACGUAUCAAUAGCAGAAAAACUCCUUUCACACGGUGCAUAUAUUGACCCCAAAAACAAGAGUCACCUCACACCACUUUUACUUGCUGUAAGUGAAAACAAAGAGGAAAUGGUAGACUUUUUAGUAAGGAAUGGAGCAAACACAAAUGCAGUUGAUAAGUUGAAAAGAAAUGCUCUCAUGCUUGCGGCAGACUCUGAGUCAUCACAUAUAGUCAGUCUUCUUCAGCAAAGUCGUGAUGUCUCUUCUGAAGUUCUCUUGGGACAGGCUGCAGAAGAUCAUGCCUUUGGUAGUGGUUUUCAUAGCAUUCCCCAACAAACUUCAGAACAUGAAGAAAACAUGCUGGAGAGUCCUUCUCAAAAUAGUGAUCCAGAAUCUUCCACAGCCAAGAUUAACAAAGUAGAAGCAAAAUAUGGUACUGUGAGAACAGAAAAUAGAACUGUGUUUGAGGACAGGAUUUCUGAUCAUCAAAAUGUGGUCGAAAGUCUUCCCACAACAUCGGUUGAAGUCCUGGGCUUCCAUUCAGCCACCUGGCCCUGGUCUGAAACCUUCCUCUAAGUCUUUACCUAACCAAGAUCUUACAGAGGUAACCUGAUUUUUAAAAAAAUCUCUUUUUCCCCAUGUUUUUCACAUAUCACUCCCAAUCCUCAUCAUGCUGAUAAGGAUCUUAGAAAGAAAUGGAUGGCCUCAAGGUCACCAUAGAAACCAGUGUAAUCACAAGAGAAAGGUGUACAGAAUUGAGAUUUAUAAACUUUGGUGGAAGUAACCAAUUAUUGGGGUUGGCAUUGUGGGAACAAAGAAUUAGAAAGCAACCCAAAAGGAUUGCUCAACAAAUAUGUGCAUGAGGAAGGGGAUGAAGGGGAGGAAUUCAUGUGAGAGGGACAAGAUAAAUAGAACGAUUGAAUAAGACAGUCAAGGUGACAGAUUGUUAUAAAAGCACAUCAGAAAUAGUGGAGUUAAAUGAGAGCAGGACCUCUCCACAUUACAAAAUAUGAUAGAACUUGUUUUAAAUGCAAAUUUAGAAAAGAAAGACAGCCGAUGAAAAAGAUCCUCAGAUUCUUCAGAAUGACACACACUUGAUGUUUCUGAAGAACUGAAAGAAAAUUUAAGAAUGAUUUCCAUGAACAUUAAUCAGUUGUACAUUUUAAAAUUGCCACAAGAGAAUAAUUGAAAUAUUGCAAGAAUAUAGAAAAGAUAAAUAGUUGAAGUGAUGGAUAUCCCAAUUAGCCAUAUGAUGCUAUGAAUGUAUCAAGUUAUCACAAUACCCCCAAAAUAUGUACAUCUAUUACGUAUCAAUUAAAUGCAAUUUAGAAAGCAACUAAAAUUUAAUCCUCCCUUUGUUACCAGUAGCUCAUCACUUAUCCCCAAGUCCCCAUCAGAAUAAUGAGGACAAAGAAGUAUGAGGAGCAGGAAAGAGAGAUUAGCAAUUUGCCAGUAAACAAGGAGGAUGGAGACUCCUGUCUAAAAUGCCUCAUCCCAAUCAUAAGGGGAAAUACAGAGCUUUUCAAUGGAGGGCUUUUAGCUUCAGGCAAUUUCUGUUCAACUACAGUUGAUGAUUCUGAUUCUUCCCAUCUCUGGGGAAGAUAAUCUCCGUGAGGUCCACCCAGACCUCUGCCUGCCCCAACCGGCCUCAGUUGGGCAGUUCUGCUGAGCCAUCUCCUAUAGUACAAAGAACAAAAGACACUCCCUGCCUCUCCCAACCACUGGCCAGAGGCAGGAUGUAGGUUUUAGUUUUCAAAAAGAGUGAGAACAUUUUAAACAGAAGAAACAUUUUUACCAUUUUUUUCAGGCCAUUCUUAAUCAUAUUCCCCAUUGUCAAUUUUAUCCUUCCAUAUCUUCUUCGGUAUCUAUGGGAGGAGGGGUGAUGUCAUCAUUGAGCUACUUUUUGUUGAAUUGGGUGAUGUUUUAGGUGGAAGGUUUAUAUUUAUGUAUGUCCUUAUAAAGCUUUGGCAGUAUAUUUACAACAGGAGAUUACCAAGUGAAUAAAAGUCAUAAGUAGUAUAUACUGUAAGUAUAUAUAGUAGUGAGGAUGGACAAGGCAAAAUGGACUGUCGCCUUGUACACAAUGUCUGAUACAGGGCUGGUUUAGAAAGGAAACAUGGGACUCUGAGCACAGAGCUAUUAGUUGGCCCCUGUAGGUGAUCCGAGAAACCAGCUUCUGUAAAUUUAGAAAUCUUAUACAGAAACACAUGGGCCAAAUGAGGUUUAGGGUAACAAACCCAGUAGUAGUAAGACGGAUUAAUAGGAGAGGUGAUUGCCUGGGGAAAUCCUCACUAAGAAGUUGUCUAUCUUAUAGACAGAACAAAUAAUCAAAGAAAGGUUGGUAAAAAUAUCAACAUUUUUACUUUUUUUUAAUAGAUAUUUUAGAUCACCUAAAGGCUGGCCCCUCCACUGGGGUCUUGGGUCCUCUUCUUCCAUGGGACACCUCUUUACUCAGGUGUAAUCGACCCCAGAUUUCUAUUUUUCACAAUUUUAAAGAGGUGUGAGUUGUUGAGGCACCUUAUAGAGUGUCUUUUACUUCUCUGUUCCUAACUGUGGCGGGGACCUAAAUGAAGCAAACUCAAGUAUAGUGGUUAGUCCCGACCCACUUGUUUGACGUGUUAUUUUUUUUACCCGUGCUUCUAUUACCACACUUACCUCAGGUUGUUUGGAAGGGUCACUCAUAAACUAUUUUUUAGGGCCUUAACUUAAGCCUGAUUUUAAGUGCUAUCUUUAUAUGGAGGAGAGGAAGUGGUAGUAUCUUAUCCUACUUUUCUGCAUUAGUUCUGUGAUGUGUGUGAAAGGCGGCUUUACUCAUCAGCUACCUAACAUAGGACAAGACACUAUCAAACAGAAAGUAAGGGAAGUAAACUCACAGCACAUAAUUGCCCCUUGGAAGACAAAACUCACAACUACCCCCUUUGCUGUGUUUAAUUAAACACCUGUGACCAAACUCAUUGUCUCUAAGAGUUUCCUUUUCGUAGCCUUGAAGAGCCCUCCGUGGACAGUAGGGUGUGAACUCCCCACUCCAACUCUCUGCCUCAGUUCCUGUCAAAAAACAGAUUCCAAGGACUCAGAUAAACCUGCCUCACAGAGAAAAUAAAGCAAAGAGCACCUGCAACAGCUUCGCCACCACUUCUGUUUGCUGUCAGUCUGUUGAAGCAGAAGGAUAAAACGCCAUGUCUACCCUUUAAAACAGCAAGCAGGCCGGGUGUGGUGGCUCACGCCUGUAAUCCUAGCACUCUGGGAGGCCGAGGCAGGUGGAUCAUUUGAGCU